CUCACUCUCUCACGAUUCCCCUCCCAAUAGGGAUUGAUUGCGUUCGGAUCUGGUGGUCCUUCAAGCUCGUCCUCCAAUGCCGCCGAACGGAUCAACAGCGGCUUGCUCACAGCGCUCGAAACGUAAGUCAUGGCGAUGGCGGUGGCACGCGACAGAAGCAAAGUUCUCAGCGGCGCAAAACAAUCAGCGGCAAAAACUUAAACCGCUAUUGCAACGGCUUCUUCCUCUUGCCGUUAGCGGUGCUGUGCUGCUUGGCCUCUACUGCCUGUUCUCUUUUUUCGUGGUAGAAUGGCCCCACAAUGAUCGGGUGCUCCUCGUGCUGCUGUGCUACAUUGGUGGCGUGGUCUUGGUCGAAGCCGCCGAAAGUGCCAUCGAGUGGUUUAAGGGCCUGCAUACGGCCGUCGCUCACUUCAGGGCCAGCGCUUCCACGUACAUGGCGUCCUUCGUGAUAAUAGUGGCAGUAGUCCCGCAGGACGUGUAUAGCGGAGCAGGAGACCUCCGGUCUUCUCUCGCUGUGCUUGCCUGUGGCUUCCUCGUUCAUCACGUUGCACCGCUUCUCGGCGGUCACCAACCGGAAGGCGGGGUAUCUCCUCGGCCAGCCCAGAGCAGUGAUGAUGGUCACAGCCUUCCUUCUCGGCAGUGGCGUUGGAGAGCCGCUAAAAAGUGCAUCCCUGCCGCCGUUGGCGUCUUGCUGUCCACUGCGGCCACCCUCGUGACAGGCGGCGGAUGGUUACUCGGGCUUGAGAUAGCCGGGGCUGCGUGGGCCGCUUUCCAAGAAAUGCGCCUGGCGAUUCGCGAGGGGUGGCGAGAGACGCGGGAAACGCCCUCCUCGACUCAAGCCAUUUCUCUGCAAAGUGUCGUAACGUGGUUCACUUCAGGACCAACGCGGCGUGUAUGGUCUUCCGUCCUACUGCCCACCCUCCUGCUCUGGGUCACGUACCGCACAGUAUGCUCGUGGCCAGAGGAGUGUACGGACUGGCUGGUGUUCCUGCUGAAGGCGUCGGCGACGACUGUGUGCACCACGCACCUCAUGCAACAAACUGUGCGUGAGGCUGUCGCAUCGGCGCAGGACAAUGGAAGUAGCGGUUCCACCACGUGGGCCAACAAGGCUUUCGUGUGCUUGCGUUGCGUGUGUUGCGUGGCUGCGUGGACUCUCCUCCUGCUGUGCUCUUUCACAGUGUUAGGCCACCAAGAAAGCUUCUCGGGAAUUCUGGCGGUGGUUUUUGUCGUCACUAUGGUGGCCUUCCGAACUCGUUGCGAGAGAACCUGGCGCGGGUUGAUGCUAGUGUUUUCGGUGACUCUGCUGGCAAUAAUGGUCAGGGUAGCCUGUGUGAAGCUCUUUCACAUUUUCGAGGUUUUCAAACGAGUGACGUCCAAUGACGUCGUCUCUUGCUCUUGGUGGUCCCGCUUCAUCCCGAGGUAUUUCCAUCGUUUCGUCCAGGGUUUCAAAGAUUUCUUGGAACUCCGUGAACAAGAACGCGCCGAUUGUUGGUCUGUUUGCCAUUAAUUCCAGGCGCUUGGUUCGGUUCCGUGAUUCCUUUGAACACCGUCUGCGAUUGGCCCUAGAUGGUGAGUUGGAUGUUCGUUUUGUCAUCGUUCGUUUGAAGUGUUGUAGCAGUAUGAGCGGAUGUUCGUUAGGGCCACCUCGCUCUUGCCGCACAAGGACAACUGUGUGUUUUCGUGGCUGGUGAUGUCGGACAAGGUCGUUAGAGCAAACUUGUGUAGGGGAGUCGUGUGAUUCAAUUUGGAUACGCUCUCUGUGCGUAUCCUCGCUUUCGCUUCGGAUUCUGACGACUCGUAGUCCUUAAAUUUUCGUGAUUGAGUUUUGUCCCUUCGCGGUUAUAAUGGUACUGUUGUAUGGGAUGUUGAAAGAUUAGAGCAACUUUAAGUUGGGUGCAGCUUUCGUUGUAUACAAGCUGGGCCAGCCAAGAAGCAAACAAAAUGGUUGAAAGCCAAUUACACCACGAGUUUUACGAGUUGGAACCUGAAUUUUCGACAUGUGGUUCGUGUAAGUACAACAAAUACAACUACAAACCGUACUUUUUUAUAUGUAGAAGUAUUUUUUUUUCAUGAGGUAGCCCUGUGAAAGGAAAAAUAAGAAUCCUUUUGUUGUGUAUAGGAAGUCCAAAAAAGGAAAAAAGAAAGAGUACGGCUAGCAGUUGUAUUGUUUUUAACAACACGAACAACAUGCCAAAUUUCAGAUUCCAACUCGUAAAAAUCGAAUGAUGGGGUGUCUGCAGUACGUGUGUGGGAUGUGGGUCAAUAUAUUGCGGGUUUUCGUCAGUUUUUUUCCUUCGUGCGUUCACCCCACCUAACCCCACAAAAAAAAUGGUGUUGCGUUGCGUAGUGACGUUUUGUGAAAGAAACUGAGAAGCAGGGUCUUUGCUUAUGUCGUCUUUGCGUUUGGAGUGUUCUUCCCUUUGCUUUUCGCAUCUGUGGGUUACUCUUGAGUGGUUUGGAAGGUUGUUUUUCAAAGAUGUUCCUCGGUUGUGUGAGAGGAUGGAUGCGGACGUGUUCCAUUUGGCUCGUAGGUGUUAUCCUCUCAACAAUUUAAUAAUAUUCAAGGGGAAUUAACGCACAAUGGAUUGGAGCAACAACACGAGCUGAGACACAACUUCUUCACUUAGCAUACUCUGCACUACAUGUCAUGGAUCCAGUGUAUGGU